AUGGUGUCCGACGAUACCUACGAGACCUGCCUCCCCCUCCUCCAGGAUGCCACUCUGGACGACGAAGAUAGAACGGACAAGCUGGAGGAGCUGCUGAAGAAAGAGACAACUCUGGUUGGGACUGCGCUCGAAAACGUUGUGUUGGAUGUCCUCCACAGAUACCGCGAGGCAACCACAAAUCCGAGUUCGCCCCCGCCUCUGCGACACACGAUCUUACGCCGCGCAUCUCCCGCUCCAUGGCAGAUUCCUCGAGGAAGUUCCGGUACACCGAUAUCGAUAUCCUCCUCUCCGCGUCUGGGCGUGAGUCCGCUGGCUCCCCCGGGAUUUGUCCCGCAACCACACGCUUUCAGCAUCAGCAGAACCAAGUCAAGCACGGCUUCCCCCUUUACAUCGCCCCGUCCCUCCCCAAGACUGGCUUUUACCAGCCCCGCCAUUCCUCACAGCCCCAAUCUGAAUGCGUACGAAUUCCCGAGAGACACGAGCCCCACCCAAGAUAUAUAUGGUGACUACGGGAGCGAUAAUGUAGAUUGGCUAGUAAAUGAUGAUGGUGGAAGCAACUCUCCUUCAUCUGCAGGUGGUCACAGCGGUCUUAAUGCUGCGGCAGCCGAAUACAUCCAGCCACAACAGUCAGACAUGAGCCCGUAUGAUAUGCUCCGAUCAAUACUAGGUCCUGCAAAAUCCGACGAGGAAAUCGAGGCCGCUCUUGCUCUCCACGGAUAUGAUUUAAGUGCCACUAUAAAUGCAUUCAUAGAAUGCCAGGCUGCGGAUACUUCUACAGCCGCGGCUCAAUCCACCGAAUCUAAGAAUGCGAUCUUGAUCGGGAAGUCUAUGGCUGCAGAAAUGCCUCGUCCUGUCACACCAGCCGGCCAGCAGCGAAGCGGUGUCGUCUGCCGAUUUUGGCUUUCUACAGGGCAAUGUUUAAGGGCAGAUUGCAGAUUUAGUCAUGAUCUGAGCAAUCAUAUAUGCAAAUACUGGGUCAUGGGCAACUGCCUUGCUGGUGAUACCUGUAUAUUCUCUCAUGAUCCUUCGCAUUUUAUGAGCCGUCUCACCCUGGAUGGAAGUAGCACACCUCCGCUCCAAAAUGGUCAGCCAGGCUUUCAAUUUUCAGACUAUAACGCAUUCCCCGCUUUGCAGGGUAUGCAGGACCAGUGGCCAAACUCCUUUAACUCCUCGAGCGCCUUUGGUAAUUAUCAAGGCGCGAGCUUCACUCCACCUGGAUUCAAAGGCAUGCAAGACUACACCAGUGAUGGAUCAAGCCAACGAUCGCGACCUAGUAGCCGACAUCAAGCACGGGAGCCAGCAGCUCCUGCACUGGAUGAUACAGAUGCCUUCCCUUCUUUGAGCGCAGUCGCUGGUAAAGGUGGCAAGAAACAUCAUGGCAAACGAGGUGGUCAUGGCCAUGGCCACAAGGAGAGUAACCACCCCAGCUCCCUGGCCGAAGUCGUUAAGAUGUCACCUUCUCCCGGCCCGGGCCUGAUGCGACAGGACUUGAAGAGGAUGGGCAGAAAUGGUAGUUCUACCGGCAUUCGUAACGGAGAAAACAGUGCUGCUGCCCAGGCGAUACCAGCCCCUCAACACGUUCCCUGGUUAGAAACCGGCGAGAAAGCCAAUAAAGCGUACCUCAAGGCCAGACAAGAUGCAAUCAAGCAUGGUGGCCUUAGGAACAAGUUCCUACAAAGUGCCGCCCAAGCAUGGAACCGCAACGAUGCUCGUGCUGCAAAGGCCCUGAGUCUCCGGGGCCAGAGUGAAAAUGACCUCAUGCGGAAAGCCCAUCGCGAAGCCGCACGGGAGCUCUACGAAGAGCGGAACAAGAAUAGUUCAUCAAGCACGGAGCUGUAUGUUGACCUCCACGGCCUACACCCAGAAGAAGCCGUCGAGUAUCUCGAACGCGUCCUCCUCGAAAACCAAAAGGAGACAAGACCCGUGUACGCCAUCACCGGCACUGGUCACCACAGCAAAAAUGGCAAGGACAAAGUAGGCAAAGCCAUCCGAAAUUUCCUAAACGAGUGGCGCUAUGCAUAUCGUGAGUUCUCUGUCCCAGGUGAUAGGAACAACGUCGGCGGCAUCCUGGGCAUUGAUGCAAGGUCGUGGGACAAAGGCUUGGCGCGCGAGGGGGGUGUGGAGGCGGAGAAAGAGAAGGAGGAGGUUGACAUCCUUAGCCAAGGACAUACUAUCGGGCAAGGGAAAAUGAAGUUGUUGGUCAGAGACCAGACUAAAGGCCCGAAUGCUCCUUUAAAUCGAUGA